AGUUCAAAUCAGGGGCGGACUGACCAUUUGGAAACUCGGGCACUGCCUGAAACCCCGGGGUCAGUAGGGGGCCCCAUGAGAUGCCCCUGGUACCUUUUUCAUAGGAUUUUUUGAGUUUGGGCAAGGGCACAAGGGCCCCAUGAUCCCCUAUUGCCUUGGGGCCCCAUGAGUUGUCAGUCUGCCCCUGGUUCAAAUUUAUUACUGUAAUAUGUGACAUCACGCUGUGAUAGAAAAUACAACAGGUAAUAUAUGAAGAGCAUCAU